AUGACUCAAGUUCCAGUCCAAAACUUCCAACCCCAGGUUCCAGAUACUACCAAUGGACCUCACGAGCAUAUUUACAUCCCUCGCUCCGACGGUACCAUCAUAGUCAAUGGUGACGUCUACGUUCGACAAACCAAGACUCCAAUUCCAGUCGCACCUAUACCCGUCGCCACUCCUACACCUCAACCCACCAUGCAUCAACCCACCUUCCAACCUUACCCCUACAAUCCCUACACCCAAUUUGCAGGUCACGGCCAACAUGUUCCCUUCGGCGCAGGCUAUGUUCCGCAACCCGCCAUGAACACAUAUGGAGCUACCAGUAGCGAAAUCCAAUUGCAACAAAUGCAGACACCGGAUGCGAACAAGAAGCAAGACAUGAAGCCGGCUGACGAUGAUCCAUUCCGCAUGUAUUGGGUUCGGGAGGUAGAUAAUACGUGGAGUCAGAGAAAUCGCUUGACGAUUGAUAGUGGCGAUAUUGGUGAGGUUAGAGUAAGUUUGAAGCUUCCUUGUGAUGUUGGGAAUAAUUCUGAUCAAGUUGUCUUUCUGUGCAGUGGUAUGCUGUUGAUGGUGUUUUCUACGCCGUCAGAUUACCUGCUUAGAUCGGCUCAGCAACGAAUCGAGAGGGGCUACAUCUAUGGAACACUUACUUUGAUUGGGCUUGGUGUUUCAUGGCUGCGGGGUACUCUUGAAACUCGGCGAGUAGCGUCGUUCUUGCAUGUUGAUGUUGAUGUUGGUGUUGAUGUUGAUGUUGAUGUUGAUGUUGAUGUUGAUGUUGAUGUUGAUGUUGAUGUUGAUGUUGAUGUUGAUGUUGAUGUUGAUGUUGAUGUUGAUGUUGAUGUUGAUGUUGAUGUUGAUGUUGAUGUUGAUGUUGAUGUUGAUGUUGAUGUUGAUGUUGAUGUUGAUGUUGAUUGA